GAGGUGAGCUGAUUGGAUAUCAUGUAUCUGACGGUUACAGCACCCCCAUUUUCCUGUUUUCACACUAGAAGCGCAUUCUGGUGCAUGCUGGUCAGAAAGCUUUAAGACUGUUGUUCCGUCAGCUCAGAGCGCGCAGGGGGCGUGUCGCGGCGCUCGUGACGUCAGGCGCCCCGCGUGCGGUUAUUUUGAACGGGGGACAAGAUGGCGGAGGAGAGCAGCGUGAAGCACCGGGAUCUCACCGGACCGAGCUGCGCCGCCGGCCGCCGUCACGAAGGGGUUUGUGGGGAUGUCCGGCGUGAGAUGAGCUCCUCUGACCCGCUGCUGGAGGAGCUGGAGGCGUCCGGAGCCGUGCAGAUCGUCAUCUCGGACGAGCAGCAUCACCAGUUCUCUCUGGACGAGGAGGCGCUGGAGCAGAUCCUGCUGCAGGAGCGCGUGAGGGAUCUCCAUGUGGUGGUGGUGUCUGUAGCUGGAGCCUUCCGCAAGGGCAAGUCCUUCCUGCUGGACUUCAUGCUCAGAUACAUGUACAGCCAGGUCAGGAUCACCGCUCAGACAAACACCACACGGCUGCGUUUAAUUCAUCAAAAAUACAGCUUCUUCCCUGGCCACUGCCUGCAGCAGUACACUGAUCUUUUUCUGUUUUUCCUCAUUAUCUAG